GCUGGCGAGGUGCUGGCGCGGGGGCUGCGGCCACAUCGCUUGCGUUCUUGACGUCCAUCCUCCCUCGCGCGGGGGCAGCCGGCCAAACCCGAGGACCGACUGCUGCAGACCGCCGGGGGGCGGGGGAUGCCGGGCUGCCGCAUUAGCGCCUGCGGCCCGGGGGCCCAGGAAGGGGCAGCGGAACCGGGGUCGCCGCCGCCGCCGCCCCGGGAGCCCCUGCCAUCCCCUCAGCCCCCGCCCCCAACUCCGACCUUGACCUCGACACCGACUCAGGCCUCGUCGCAGCCAGAGGCGACCCCGGCGUCGGUGGGCUCGGCCGAGGGGCAGGAGCUGCAGCGCUGGCGUCAGGGCGCUAACGGGGGUGCGGGGGCCACCGGGCCGGCAGGGGGCGCGGGCGGCGGCCCGGGGGCGGCGGGGUCCGGGGGGCGCGCCCUGGAGCUGGCCGAAGCGCGGCGGCGACUGCUGGAGGUGGAGGGCCGCCGGCGCCUGGUGUCGGAGCUGGAGAGCCGCGUGCUUCAGCUGCACCGCGUCUUCCUGGCGGCCGAGCUGCGCCUGGCGCACCGGGCCGAGAGCCUGAGCCGCCUGGGCGGUGGCGUGGCGCAGUCCGAGCUCUACCUGGCGGCGCACGGGUCGCGUCUCAAGAAGGGCCCGCGCCGCGGCCGCCGGGGCCGCCCGCCCGCGCUGCUCGCCUCGGCGCUGGGUCUGGGCAGCUGCGUGCCCUGGGGCACCGGGCGCCUGCGGCGGGGCCGCGGCCCGGAGCCGGACUCGCCCUUCCGCCGAAGCCCGCCCCGCGGCCCCGCCUCCCCCCAGCGCUGACCUCGGCGCCGCGACCCCCGGCCACCCGACAGGCCGUUGCCGAGGCGCGGAUGGAGGACUGCGGACGCGUCUCUGACGCGGAUGGAUGGACUGGUCGGUCACAGGAAGAGAGAGUCGGGCGGCCGGGGGACCAGUAAGAGAGGCUGAGCUUCUCCCAGCAACUCUAUGGAUCUGAACUCCUGGGAUUCUGUUCCUUCCCUGAGCACCUCCUCCAGGAAGACUUCUUCACUGGACCCUACACAAGGCGGAGCCUCCUUACUUCACGGGGGCAGGAUUCUGGGGAAGUUCCUGUACUGUGAAUUUCUCUAUGUAUGCCACAUUUGACUUGGGCUUAUGUUGUACCAUUGGAAGCCCCUGAGAUGCUAUCAGAUUAUUUAAGAGUGAAUAAAUAUG